AUGCAUUACCAUGACUUUACUUGUAAAGCCUUAGGAAAGGAAAUAGAGCAAUGUGUUGAUGCUUCGAAUAGGGCUCAAGGUCUUGUGCAGCCCGAAAUGUCACCCCAAGGAUCCAGACCAGCAGUUCAGAAACACAAAACGAUUUCUGAGCAUCUAGUCCAGGCAGCUAAUGAAAAGACAUACAAUGAAGAGCCCUGGAAGGAUGAGGACCUUUACUUCAAGAAAGUAAUACUCUCUAAGCAAGCUUCCUACAAAAUUUUACAGCACUCUGUGAAUGGUGGGGAGGCAGAAAUAAUGGGCAUGCUAGUGGGAACUGUGCACAUGAGAAAUGUGGUGGUAUAUGAUUCCUAUGCAUUACCCGUGGAGGGCACAGAGACUCGAGUGAAUGCUCAGCUUGAGUCCUACGAAUACAUGGUACAAUACAUGAGCGAGGUGCAUGACUCCCGACCUGAGAAUUGCCAUAUCGUGGGUUGGUACCACUCUCACCCGGGAUACGGGUGCUGGCUGAGCGGUAUAGAUGUCCAGACGCAAGAGUUGAAUCAAACUUUCCAGGAUCCGUAUGUGGCUGUAGUGGUAGACCCCAAAAGGACCUUGGAAGAGAACAAGCUUUCGAUUGGAGCCUUCAGAACAAUACCAGUUACCGAAUGUUCCAGCUCGGAAGCUGUCAAUGAGGUCGUCAAUGAGGUCGUCAAUGAGGUCGACGUCAAAGACAGUGAAAAGUACGGACAUCAUUACUCUAGAUACUACGAAUUAGAACUUGAAAUCUGCGGGACAGGUGCUGACGAGGCCUUGCAGCAGCUGGAGCUGAGACAAGAUAAACCUAUCCAAGACUGUCCCGAGGGUGACGAGCUGAUGGAACAUCUUUUAGAAUGCAUCAAGAGUUGGCAUAAUUAUCAGAAACUGUCUGCCUCCAGUCAAUUCAUCCUAAACGCUCCGCCAUCACAGCCCUUAUUUGCUGCAGAUGAAAAGGACGUAGAGAUGAGAAGCGGCUCGCCUUUGAUUUCCGUCUCUACAACUGCAAAUAGUUCUGUUUCGAGCGCUGUUGAUGAUAACGAAAGAAGCGACGUCGAUAUGACGAGCCUGCACUUGAAACCACAACUGAGCACUCAAAGCAGUCUCAUAAUGAAACCAACAGAUGACGAAGCUGUUCCUGUGUCGGACCCAGUGUCUCAAGAGACGGCUCUGGCUUCUGAAUUUCGAGUACAACGUAACAUGCUUCACUCAUUGAAACUCAAAGAGUAUCAGCGACUUCGAUAUUACAGAGAUGCCUUCACUCUGUGGAACGAGUAG